AGCUCCAGGCACAUUACACAGAGGGCCUUGACUUCAUUAAACCACCACCCGCUCCCCGGGCCACCCCUUCAGACAUGAAGUUCCAGCUCCUGGUCUCUGCAGUCCUCGGAUUCCUGGCCCAGCUGGCCCCAGCCAGUUGGGGAGGGGCAAGAUGUGGGCACAACAUCCCCGGACACUGCAGGCUGUACUGCAGAUCGAACGAAAAGUCCAUUUUCCUGUGUGACAGGUACAAACAGUGCUGCAUCCUCAACAACUUCUCGCCAGUACCUCCCAGGUCACCGCAUGGCGUGAAACCCCAGUCGUCACACAGAAAAACACACAGAAAGCAAAGCAAGAGUCAACGAACAACUAACGCACCUACAAAACAACAGCCACGGUCUCCGCCAACUCAAAGAAAUGCCAUUUCUACGGUUCAGGUUGCCCCUUCAUCAUCAAAAACUAGCCAAGCCCCUCCUUCUAGAGCUUCAAUGAAUGACCAAUCCUCAGCCUCCAACCUCCUGACUUCUAAAUAAACUGGCAUUUGGAGUUUGUAUCUAUUCUGCAAGAACAACCUGGGGCCGGUAGGUGGCUUGGUGGCUAAGGGCGCUGGACUCCCAUAUGGCCCACUGCAAUUCGAGUC